UGCCCUUCUGAAUGAAGCUGAGUGUAGGCGUGCGUGUGUGUUCUUGCGUGAUUGUAGUGUUGGUGUGUAUGUGAGUUACAACACACACCAACACUUGGAUUCUGUUGCAGCUAGCUUCUUGGUGUCUAACCGGUGGGAAAGAUACAGACCUCGGCAAGAGGAAACCACAGGUGCACAUGUUCAGACUAUAGUGCUGGCUUGGAGAAACGACUGGGACUAUUGGUUUAAUACUAACUAGACAUCAGAGCCUGCUACAGUCUGUGCACAAGUCAAAAUAAAUGGGAAACAAACAUUCACCGGGUGUGAUUGACCAAUGAAAAAGUUGGUCAUAGUACCCCGCGCUCACGAUCAACGCCAAAUGCAGCACUUCCAUUUGUCGCAAUCAAUUAGGUCGCAACCAGGAUCCAUCCUUAAAGGGGCAGUGUGUACGAUUAGCAAUAUCUAGCGGUGAGGUGGAAGAUUGCAGCUAACUGAAUACCGCCCACUCUGGUAAAAGCCAGGACUAGGUUGAGAGGGGCCACUAGGCCCCGGGAACCCCCCCCCCCGUCAGAGCUGGUCAAUGUGGCACCGGGACAGGGACGUCUGGGGCCCCCUGCUAGAGCUGCUGCCCCCGCGACCCGACCCCGGAUAAGCGGUUUUGAAGAUGAGGAUGAGAGGAGGGUCACGUCAGUAACGCUAGAUGCUACUAAAGUGAAUAAAGUAUAUCGGGGCCUUUAAUGCUCCCUUAACCCCAAACACUCCCUGACUAAGUGCUCAACGAGGUGCCCAGAGAAAAACCUGUUCUGGGUGAGGGUUGGUUACAGCGAAGCGGGAGAGAUGAAUGAGAUAGGAGGGAGGGAGGGGAGGGUGUGAUAACCAAGUAAGGCAUUUACUGUGGUGAGCUGCACGGUGCAGAGAGAGAGAGAGAGAGAGAGGGGGAGAGAGAGAGAGACACACAAGAAGGAAGCCAGAAGACUUGACAUGGCAGAUGUUUGCUUAGAGACAUACUUGUAGAUGUUCUGAGGUUCUCCUUUGGAAAAGCGAGGGUCCGAACUCUCCUGAUAUACCCGGACCUUCAGGACCAGACCCCUUGCUGAUGCGUGAAGGUUCUCAGGAGUGCUGGUAAUGGUGGUCUCCAAUUGGCUGGUUUCUCCCGCGUUGCUAGUGCAGCUGCCGGUCGCUGCCUUCUCCCUGGUCUUCAUGGCGAUGCUUUGCUUAAGAUGCAGAGACAGGCGUCCGCUGGUGAUCCACCAGGGGGCACUUUCUGAUGAUUAUGUACAGCAGAACACCUUCAGAGUCAUCCACCCAUACCAAAACUCAACCGGAGCCGGCGGUAUCCCCUCCCCCCUCUUUCCAAGUUCUCCUGUGGUUCCAGAGCGACGCCCAUCUUUCACGCCCACAGAAAACGAGAGCAUUCCAAGUUACAUCACUCCAGUAGAAGAACAGGAUCUAUUUCAAGAUGACUACAUCGAGGUCUUGGAAGACCCACCUUGUGACGGACCCGGUGUGGAAACUCUGAGCGUGGACUCAGGAUCAGCGACCGAGGGGGACUAUGUGAACUGGGACCAGAAGAACCAGAAGAACCAGGACCUGAGCGAGGAUGACUCAGCGGACAACUACAUCAACGUGCCUCUGCUGAACUCAGGCAAGCUAACUGAACAACACUUCCUCCUUCGAAGAGCCUCUGACUUUUACGUCUGGAACAAGUUACUUUUCUUUCACCCUUUGAAUUUUUCAACUAAGUGCUUUCAAUUAUCGUCAUAACAUGCAAACUAACCCAGCCCCUUUCCCUAACCCAAACCCGGCCGUACCACUGACCUCAACCAGCCUUAACCCUAACCAGGCCCAACCCCUUACCACUUACCCAACCAUCCCCAUAACCCAGCACUAUCCUUAACCAGGCCGAAACCCCUUACCCAUCUGCACCAAUAUCCUUACCACUAACCCAAUCCCUAACUUAAACAUUCCCCUAACACAGCCCUACCCUUAACCCAAACCCACUCAAAACUGAAACCUCAAA